UUGUACAAAACGCUCCGAUUCCCAAUGAAACCCAAUAGCUAUUGCACAAUAGGGAUUGAUUUUCAAUUCUAUUUGCAUAUAAAGUGCGGGGAAACAGCUACAGAAGCAAAACUAUCUGAUCAACGGAAGAAUAACCACUGGGUAUCAUCACUUCACGAGUCUAAAAUGUUUCAAAAGCUGUUCGCCGUUCUCUCGUACCUCGUCAUUUCUACGACCUGCACUAUCUUACAUCAGCAGCCGAUUCCCUUACUACUUGGUCUACAAAAUCAUGAUGAUCCCAACUACAGUUUUGCUUACAACGUAAACGAUCCUCACACUGGUGAUGUUAAAAGCCAGCAUGAAAGCAGAAGGGGUGACGUUGUUCUCGGGCAAUAUUCCUUAGUCCAGCCUGAUGGUGUACAGAGGACAGUAGAUUACAGAGCUGACGUGCAUAGAGGUUUUACUGCCACCGUGAACAAUGAAGCGAGACCAGCUAUUCAUCAAGUAGCACAAACUACAGAAACGCCAGAAGAGCCACUUAGACAAUCAAAUCUGAACGUACACAUUAUCCAUUAUUAUCCAUCCGCGAGCUAUACCACCACCUCGGCUCCUGUGCGUGUUGCUAUAUCCAGAACUUCUUUACAUCAAACUAUUUCAAAUGGACAUUAUCCAUUAGCUUAAAUGGAGGAAGCCGAAGUCAUAAUUAAAGUUAAACCAACAGGCGACGAAAACGGACACCGUCUAAAUUACUAUGCUGCAUUUAUAGCACUUUAUUAUGACUCUUAGUUUUGCAUAGAAAAAGCAACUUUGAUUUAAUGCCUCUUGAAGGGGUGGCUGUUAAUCUGGUCCGCAAUAGAAUUACGUCAAUAUCUAGUUAAAAUGCGGAUUACGAUUGGAAUGAGCAUGAUAAUAACAUAAUUGGUGAACCAGAUGGCCUUGCCAGUACACUGUUACUUACUUCCAAGGGAAAUUGCCUUUAUCCACACUGUAAACUUAAUGCCAGUCCUAUGACUAAUGCUAAUAAAGAUACCUUUCCUAUGCAUUUGUAACAUUUUAUGACUAAGUAAUGUGAGUUUAAAUAAAAGAUAGCAAUU